AGUGGGCGUGUUUUCAUCCAGAUAACGGGACUCUGCCAAGAACAGAACUCGUUGUCGACCACUUCUUCAAGACCUCUGCACGUCGAGUAAAACUGCUCCAACUCAACUCAAAAACAUUUUCAGUAUUCAUAACGAAGGUGAGACAUGGACCAACCGUGAAUUAGCAAGGAGCGCGAGCAGCGAGCGACAGUACGCAUGUCCGAACGGUGAGCUGCUAGCUGGAAUGAAACGUUAAGAGCAACCGUCGGGCCGUUUCGAACAUACUUUUUCAACUAAUUACUUUUAUUUCCAGCCGUAACGUUUGAUUAGAUUAUAUUAUUCCGUUGCCUCAGAAGAUACAGCUAUGCAAAACGAAAAAUCUGAGCCGAGUGAGGCCAAGAGCGACGAGAGACUGAACUCAAGCGACAGCGAGGAAAAACCGCAGAGUAUAGCUGAGACAGAAGCUCCCAAACCCAGGGGGAUAAGUGCAGUCGCUGUGCUCUGGACUUUCGGGAAAUGCCUGGGAGCCCUGCUGCCCGUUUACCUGGCCGGCUACUACCGGGUCAGCACCAGUCUGUUGGUGUUCGGGAUGAUGGUCUACACAGGAUGGAAACAUGCCCGAGAAGCUAAAGAAGCACGCCUGAAGUCAGCUAUACAGUUACUCAACAACGAGGAGGAGUACACGUCCAAGAAAGUGUCCAAAAUCAAGCGAGAGCUUCCUGCCUGGGUCAAUUUUCCAGAUGUUGAGAAGGUCGAGUGGCUGAAUAAGGUGCUGCAGCAGGUGUGGCCCUUUGUUGGCCAGUACCUUGAGAAGCUGCUGGUGGAAACCAUUGCUCCAUCAAUUCGAGGCUCAAGCACCCACCUCCAGACCCUCAGCUUCACAAAGGUGGACAUGGGAGACAAGGCCAUGAAGGUUGUAGGGAUCAAGGCUCACACAGAGAAUGACAAAGGACAAGUCCUGCUAGAUCUGUAUAUUAGCUAUGUUGGCAAUGUAGAGAUCAACGUUGAGGUUAAGAGGUACUUCUGCAAAGCUGGAGUCAAAGGAAUACAGCUACACGGAAUGAUGCGAGUGAUUCUGGAGCCUCUGAUUGGAGAUGUGCCCAUAGUGGGUGCAGUCACCAUGUUUUUCAUCCAGCGGCCUAAACUAGAUAUCAACUGGACUGGACUGACUAAUUUGUUGGACAUCCCUGGACUGAAUGUCAUGUCUGACAGCAUGAUUAUGGAUGCCAUUGCCUCCUUCUUGGUGCUGCCCAAUCGCCUCGUUGUCCCCCUGGUUCAGGGCCUGCAUGUAGCCCAGCUUCGCUCUCCUUUGCCCAGGGGAGUUGUACGCAUCCACCUAGUGGAGGCCAAGAGUCUAGCAGCCAAGGACAACUAUGUGAAAGGGGUCAUGGCUGGCUUGUCUGACCCCUAUGCCAUAUUGAGGGUUGGCCCUCAGACUUUCACAUCCCAUCACAUUGACAACACAGACUCUCCCAAGUGGGAAGAGAUGUAUGAGGUCAUAGUCCAUGAGGUGCCUGGUCAAGAGUUGGAGGUGGAGGUAUAUGACAAAGACCCAGAUCAGGAUGAUUUUCUGGGCAGGACCAAACUGGAUUUGGGCAUUGUGAAGAAAUCCAUAGCUGUUGAUGAUUGGUUCACUUUGAAAGAUACUCAGUCUGGACAGAUUCAUUUCAGACUGGAGUGGUUGUCCUUGCUGCCCAGCACUGAUCGACUGGAGCAGGUCCUGAAGCGGAAUGAAAGCAUCUCUAGUAAGGCAGGGGAUCCACCUUCUUCAGCCAUCUUGGUUGUAUAUCUGGACAAGGCUGAGGCACUUCCUAUGAAGAAGGGUAAUAAAGAGCCCAACCCCAUGGUGCAGUUGUCUGUGCAGGACAUCACAAGAGAGAGCAAGACUUGUUACACAACUGUAAAUCCAGAGUGGGAGGAAGCUUUCACCUUCUUCAUCCAGGAUCCUCGCAAGCAGGACAUAGACAUUCAGGUGAAGGAUGCCGACCGUGUGCAGACGUUGGGCACUCUGACCAUCCCUUUGUCGCGUGUACUGUCCAGUUCUGAUCUCUCUCUGGACCAGUGGUUCCAGUUGGACAACUCCGGAUCUGCCAGUCGCAUCUAUAUCAACACAGUUCUUAGGGUCCUGUGGUUAGAUGAGGAAAAUAUUCCAUCUUCUGUGUCAUCUAAUUUGGAGGCUGGACUGUCCAAACAGCUGCCCCAGCAGACCUCUCCUCACCCUAGCUUUGCUACAGAGGGACUGCUUAGAAUUCACCUAUUGGCAGGGCAGAAUCUUGUUCCCAAAGAUAACCUAAUGGGUGGCAUGGUAAAAGGCAAGAGCGACCCAUAUGUCAAGAUCAACAUCGGGGGCGAAACAUUCACAAGUCAGGUUAUUAAGGGAAAUCUUAAUCCUACGUGGAAUGAGAUGUAUGAGGUGAUUCUUACCCAGCUGCCUGGCCAGGAGCUUCAUGUUGAAGUGUUUGACAAAGACAUGGACAUGAAGGAUGAUUUUAUGGGCAGGCUGAAGAUAAGUCUGAAGGACAUCAUCGAUUCUCAGUACACUGAUCAGUGGUACACGCUCAGCGAUGUGAAGUCUGGUCGAGUUCACCUGGUGCUGGAAUGGGUUCCAACAGCCUCUGAGUCAGACAGAUUGGACCAGGUUCUUCAGUUCUAUUCCAGACAGUCCUACCAAAACAAGGCAGUUCCUUCAGCAGGCCUACUGUUUUUCUUCAUUGAGCAAGCAGAUGGCUUACCAGUUAAGAAGAGUGGUAAGGAGCCAAAAGUGGGAGCAGAGAUUACUCUUAGAGGCAUGUCCCGCAAAACUACAGUGUGUGAUCGGACCACAUCCCCUGUCUGGAAUGAGGCUUUCUGCUUCCUGGUUCGAGACCCCAGAGAAGAUAUGCUUGUUGUUAAGCUCUCCCACAGCUGGACCCUGCCCAUCGGCUCACUGGUGGUUCCCAUCAGAGAGCUGCUUUCUGAACCAGAGCUGGUCCUGGACCAGUGGUUCAGUUUGGAUGGAGCCUCACCUGAGAGUCAGAUUCUUCUGAGGGCUGAACUGAAGAUGCUGAUUCCUAGCAAAUGUCCAGGUGCCACUGAUAAAGCCAAGGUCACUUCAGUGCCAGACUCUUCCCCUGCUCAGCGAAAACAAGAGACAGACACAGUGCUGAGGUCCAGUUCAGUGGACGCUCCCCCUGUUGAGACUAUAGUCUCUUCAGUGACCUUACCUGAAGAUGUUGAUGUAAAGGGAACGGUGGCUGAUGUGAUGGAUGAGAAAGUGGAAGAACCGCCAAGCCCUGCUGUAACACAGCCUCCCCAUACUUCCCCAGACCUCAACUUUGCCCGUGAGGGGCUGCUGAGAAUCAUCUUGUUGGAGGCCCAGAGUCUGGUUGCCAAGGAUAACAUGAUGGGUGGUAUGGUGAAGGGCAAAAGUGACCCCUAUGCCAAGAUCAGUGUAGGAGAGUUUGUAUUUAAGAGUAAUGUGAUCAAGGAGAAUCUCAACCCAGUCUGGAAUGAGAUGUAUGAGGUGGUGCUGAGACCUCAGUCGGGACAGGAGGUGCAAGUAGAACUGUUUGACAAAGACAUGGACAAAGAUGACUUCCUGGGCAGAUUCAGAAUCAGUGUGGCAGACAUUAUCCAUUCCCAGUACACAGACCAGUGGUACACCCUAAAUGACGUCAAGUCUGGACGUGUCCGCCUGAUACUGGAGUGGGUAGAGGCAGUGUCACAUAAUGCCACCCUGGACCAAGUGAUGCAGAUGCAGUCUCUCCAGGCUUACCACAACAAGGCCGUUCCCUCUGCAGCCCUGCUCUUUGUUUAUGUGGACAGAGCACACUCAUUGCCUUUUAAGAAAAGUGGAAAGGAGCCCAAGGCUGGGGCUCAGCUUGUUUUUGGUAACACAACCUACAAAACCAAGGUAUGUGAUCGGACCAGGUCACCUCAGUGGAGUGAGGCGUUCCACUUCUCGGUUCGUGACCCUGUAGAGGAAAUGCUCAUUGUGAAGUUGUCGAGUGCAUGGGACCAGCCAAUGGGAUCUCUCGUAGUCCCUGUGAGAGAGCUGCUCUCUGAACCACAGCUGGUCCUGGAUCAGUGGAUGCCUCUGGAUGGAGCCUUACCUGAGAGCAAGAUCCUACUGAGGGCUGAACUCAAGAUCCUGAGCUCAAAGAUGACUGAAGCUCCACAGCUUUCUGUGGCUGCUUCAAAGAAGAAAGAGAUGGUCGUUUCCACUGACCAGAUGUCCAAAGCAGCCAGUGAGGAGAAAAACAGCUCAGAGCUGCAAACAGAUGAGUCAGUUGCAGUAUCUAGUCAGUUUAAAUACUCUGAAGCAACAGAGGGAGACACUGCGGCGUCCACAGAAGAUGUUGGACCAGCUGCCAUUCACACUGAACCUGAAACUGCUGCUGCUCUGGUGGAUGAACCAGUGGAUACAGAAGAGCAUCCCACACAAUCAGACCCAGCAGUUAAAGGAGACUCUGAACCACAGCCAAUACAGACGGAGGGUAGUGAUUUAGGCAGCCUCGCUCACGCCACAGUGACUGGCCUUCCUGCUGAUGAACUGGGGCCAGCAGAGGUCACAGAUAUCCCACCACACACCACCCCCAGCAAGGACUUUGGUACAGAGGGGCUGCUUAGGAUUCACCUGCUGGAGGCCCAGAAUCUGGUUGCCAAGGAUAACCUGAUGGGUGGCAUGGUGAAGGGCAAGAGUGACCCUUAUGUCAAGAUCAACAUAGGGGGAGUUGCAUUCAAGAGUCACGUUAUCAAGGAGAAUCUCAACCCAACGUGGAAUGAAAUGUAUGAGGUUGUGUUGAGCCGUGGCAGCAUCCAGGAUAUCAAAUUUGAAGCAUUUGAUAAGGAUUUAGACGCUGAUGACUUCCUUGGCAGAUUCAGUGUUAAGCUAAAUGAGGUCAUCAGAUCCCAGUACAAAGAUCAGUGGUACACUCUGAAUGAUGUCAAGUCCGGGAGGGUUCACUUGAUACUGGAAUGGGUUCCUAUGGUGUCACAGUCAGUCAGGCUUGACCAGGUACUGCAGCUUCAGUCUCUUCAGGUGUAUCAGAACAAAGCUGUCCCUGCUGCUGCUCUGCUCUUUGUCCAUGUAGAGAGAGCACAUUCAUUACCUUUGAAGAAGAGUGGAAAGGAACCCAAAGCGGGAGCUGAGCUUGUUGUGGGUGAAACAACCUACAAAACCAAACUGUGUGACCGCAGUACCCGUCCUCAGUGGAAUGAGUCUUUCUACUUCCUGGUCCACGACCCUAAACAUCAGAUGCUUGUAGUAAAGUUGUCCAGUGGCUGGGACCAGCCAAUGGGAUCUCUGGUAGUUCCCAUGAAGGAGUUGCUUGCAGAGACGGAGCUGGUCCUGGACCAGUGGUUCCAUUUGGAUGGAGCCUUACCUGAGAGUCAGAUCCUGCUGAGGGCUGAACUCAAGAUUCUAGAUUCCAAAAUGGUGGAUAUGAUCAGUGCAGGUACUCUGCCCUGUGCUGCCUCUGGCCCUGGAAAUGGACAGGUGAAGUUGUCUCUGUCCUAUGCCUCGCAGGAGAGACAGCUCAUUGUCAUUGUCCAUGCCUGCAGAGGUCUGUUGUCUCAAAGUAAGGAUGGUGUAGACACCUAUGUCUCACUCAUGCUGCUUCCAGACAAAAGCAAGGCCACCAAGAGGAAGACAGCGGUGAAGAAACGAGACCUCAACCCAGAAUACAAUGAGAGGUUUGAGUACGCUUUACCUCAGGACGAGAUGAGAUUCAGGCGUCUGAGCGUGUCAGUGAAGAACAACUCCGCCUCAUUCAGGAGCCGUGAUGUCAUUGGACAGGUGCAGAUUGAGUUGGCUCAGAUUGAUCUGACUUCUGGUGUCACAGAAUGGUUCACUCUGAAAGAUGAAGCUGAAUAGUCCUCCUGCUCGUGGCAUUGUGCCACUGCUGCAGCUCACACUGAUGCCUUCUCCUUCCCACAUUUGCAUAGAGUACCACUGUGGCAGCCUUACCUGCAUCCACCCAGCUCUCUGUGCAUUAACAUAUCCUGUAGUAUAGAAUUAGACUGUACUCUACAGUCACACACAUCAAUACUCUCACCAAAGAUACAUAUGCUGAAGGAUAAAACGCAAUUUUGCAUUGACUGAAGGUCACUUUAUCAUAUGAAGACGUGAUAGUUUUAAAGCUGAGUGGAGCAAGUGAAAGAUGGUCCAGACAAAGUGAAGUUGGAUUUCAUUGUGAUUCAUUGAUUCAUUGUUUUUUUUGCUACAAGAACAUUUCGGUAAGAAAUCUUGCUCAAGUGCAGUAGUGCAGUAACAGUUUUAUUCUUUUUUUAUGUGUAACUCAUGAAUACUAAUGCCAUUUCAGUAUUUUGGAUCUGUUUUUAUGAUAGGCUUGCUUUGGAGUUACUUUAUAUUUCACAGCACUUUGCCACAUUUGUGUUUAAAAUUGCUUUUUUAUAAGUUUUUUUUUCCACAAGACAUGUAUUUGUUACACAUAUGUUACAAUGAAAUCAUGGUGUGUUUGACUUUGUGUAUAUUUGCAAAGCUUAAGUAUCAGAUCUGGUACCGUUUACUGAAAGGUGAUAACAGAAAUAAAGAGAUUUUACACAUCUCA